AUGUCCGACAAUGAACUUGAGAUUGAUGAUCGAUCUUCCGUCCAUUCUUCCGAUUCCGAACCUGAGCUUGAAGAGGGGCAGCAGGAGCGUCAGCAAGGUAUACUACGAAGCCAGAUACACAACUUGGAUGUAAAAUCCAGGGGGUUCACUGUUCGUAUGAACACUGCAGUGGGGACCAGUCUCGCCCAGGAUCAUGCCACACAAGGUUAUGUAGCUCUUUUGCAACAAAGUAAGAACGAGACAGAUUCGGAGAAAGAGUUCUACCAAGCGGUUUUAGAUCAUGGAGGUACACAUCAAGAUGCUACUGACUUUUUGUGUGUCUACUUCUCCCAACAUUAUUGCGGACAAUCUGAAGAGCCUAAUAUCCAAAGAUCCCUAGCAGGGGAUCUGGCAAGUAUGUCUUAUCUCAGAGACACCGUAGAGAGGAUCCCGAGAAAAGGAUUAGGCGGUAUAGUCAAGACUGAGUGGCAAUUGAUGGUGGAACUCGCAAUAGAAUUUGCUAGCCAGGUUGUAAAUCGUCCAAGGCUUACCUCCCGGAUCGAAGAUCUUUCAGAGUCCCGUCAUAUUCAAGAAUGGAUCCAUCGAUGGGAAUUCGCUCACGAUGGAACUCAGGGGAAUAAUGACCCCAAAGUUGAUUAUGAGGAGAUGUGGCGGAGAGUCGUCGACCCAUGA